AUGAGACCUCUACUCGCUAGCCUAUCAAAGGCUACAAAAUUCUCGAGCAGGUCUCUACAAAAAGGAUUGCACAUACAACAGCAACAAAAUCUAUCCAUAUUCGAUUCCGUAUGUCUACGAUGUCGACAACAACUACAAUUCCGUCAACGACAACAGCGAAACUUCAAUACAGGCAGUAGACGACUACACCAACAACCCGCCGACGACCCCCAAUGGGUCUCACCUAUUGACCGGCCCUCGCAGAUCGUGCGUGUAGGCCGUCGCCAUGGACCCGGGUUGAUUCUUUUGGCUCUCAUCCCCAUAACAGCCUUUGUCCUCGGAACCUGGCAAGUCCAAAGACUCGACUGGAAAACCAAACUGAUCGCAAAAUUCGAAGAUCGACUCGUCAAGCCUCCUCUGCCUUUACCACCGCGCAUCGAUCCAGAGGUGAUUCCCGAAUUUGACUAUCGACGAAUUGUGGCUACCGGCGAGUACCGCCACGACCAAGAAAUGUUGAUAGGGCCGCGUAUGUAUGAAGGUGAAGAAGGGUACAUCGUCAUCACCCCUCUACAACGAACUACCGACGACGACAAAAAUGGGAACGAGAAUACAGUCUUGAUUAAUAGGGGGUGGAUAUCGAAGAAACUCAAGGAUCAGAAAGUUCGACCUGAGGGUCUGCCGCAGGGUCAAGUCGUGGUUGAAGGGUUGAUAAGGGAUCCGGUCAAAAAAAAUUAUUUCACGCCGGAUAACAGGCCGGAUAAGGGGGAGUUUUACUUUCCGGAUAUUGAGCAGAUGGCGGAGUUGACUGGGAGUCAGCCUAUUUUGAUUGAGGAGACCAUGGUGCCCGAUUUGAUUGAGACCUUGAAUCGGACGGCAAAUGGUGUGCCGAUUGGUCGACCGGCGCAGGUGAAUUUGAGGAAUAAUCAUCUUCAGUAUAUAUUUACAUGGUACGGCCUGUCCGUGUCAACGGCAAUCAUGCUUUGGAUGGUGGUGCGCAAACGCCCGAAUGAGGCAUUGCGACGAGUUCGCCAAAGCAAGAACAUGUAG